AGAGAUAACUGUAUCAAUCUGAAGUGCAAAGUAAUUAUUUACUGUUAAGAUGCUUCGUGAAGUAAAGCCCAAAAAUCCGCGCACAGCGCGCCUUCUCAAGAAGAAAGAACCCCAACUCAUCGAAUCUUCUAAACGCACCCUGCUUCUCCACGGCACAAAAUGUCCCCUUCCACUCAACACUUUACUCAAGACGAUCCACGGCCUAACGAACCCGAACUCAGUGCUAUUCCACAAAAAGAAUGACAAUAUACACCCAUUCGAAAGUACAGAGAGUAUUGAAUUUCUUGCCGACAAGAAUGAAUGUGGUAUCGUGGUGUAUGGAAGCAGCAACAAAAAACGUCCAAAUUGCAUGACUCUCACACGCAUAUACAAUAAGAAAGUCCUGGAUAUGUUUGAGUUACUCCUUCUACCUCCCGCAGAUGGCGAAACGAUUCCUCCUCCUAAUGCGUUAAAGCUUGAGAUCGGAAUUGGUAUGAAGCCCAUGAUGCUGUUUGCAGGUAGUAUCUGGGAGGAUGCCACAUCCAGGACAUAUGCCAUGAUCAAGAGUGUUCUGUUGGAUAUGUUCAAGGGUGAAGAAACCGACAAGAUCGAUGUGGAAGGGUUACAAUACCUCAUGAUGGUCGGUGCCGAAGAACCCGCCGAAGCCGGUCUGCUACCUAUCAUCCAUCUACGAUGGUACAAAAUCCGCACAAGACGAAGCGGCCACAAACUUCCCCGCGUUGAAUUAGAUGAAGUCGGUCCCAAAUUCGAUUUCAGAAUUGGACGUGUCCGUAACGCAGAUCCAGAUGUUAUGAAGGAGGCUAUGAAGCAAGGAAAACGACCUAAUGAGGAAGCGCGCACCAAGAAGAAUAUUACCAUGGACUCGAUUGGUGAUAAAGUUGGUCGUGUGCAUCUUGGUAAACAGGAUUUGUCGAAUUUGCAGACUCGUAAGAUGAAGGGUCUCAAGAGGAGAGCUGGAGUGGAUACGGAUUCUGAGGAAGAUGAUGAUGAUGAGCCGUCUAAUUACGGAUCGGAUGUUAGUGAAGAGAUUACGUUUGUGGAUGAGGAUGAGCCUUCGGAUGUGGAUAUGAUGGAUGUCGAUGAGGAGGAAAAAGGUCGUUCGAAAAAGCCGAGAUUGUCGUGAUUUGUUUAAAUUUCUGCUUUCAGGUCUUACAUUUGUACGGCGUUGGUUGGACUGUGUAUACAUCUAUAUUUCGUGAGGCGUAUAUAAGAGUUUACUCCAGU